AAGCAAAAGCAAAAGCCCAGCUGAACUCGACCGCCACACAGCCAGAGCUGACUGAUUUAAAUCGCUCGCGCGCCGCCGCCAUGGAGCUGCUGGAGGAGGACCUCACGUGCCCGAUCUGCUGCUGCCUGUUCGAUGACCCGCGCGUGCUGCCGUGCUCUCACAGCUUCUGCCGCCGGUGCCUCGAGGGCGCGCUGGACGACGGCGGCGGGAACCGGAGGAGGCAGCCGUCUCCGUUCAAGUGCCCCACGUGCCGUAAAGAGACUGCGCGCGACUGUCUGGCGAGCCUGCAGGUGAACUACGCGCUGCGGAGCGUCGUGGAGAAGUACGGCGAGAUCCGCGCGCUACCCGGGAUGAUGAUGACGACGUCGUCGCCUCCACCUCCACCGGCGGUUCCUUCGGCUCCGCAUCUGCCGCCCUCGUGCCGCGCGCACCGCGACCAGCCGCUCAACAUCUUCUGCGCCACGGACCUGCGCCUCAUCUGCGGCUUCUGCGCCACGGCGCGCGAGCACCGCGGCCACCGGCUGUGCGCGCUGGACGAGGCGCACGAGCGCGAGCGCGCCGCCUUCGAGGAACUGCUGCGCGGCGCCGAGCGCUGGCCCGGCACGGAGGCGGCGCUCGCGCGGCUGGACGCCCUGGAGGCGGCGCGCCGGCGCGCGCUGCAAGCGGUAUCGCGCGACGCGGAGCGCGGCGCCGACUACCUGGAGCGGGCGGCGCGCGCUCUCGAGCACAAGCGCGCCGAGAUCGCGGCGGACUUCGAGGCGCUGAAGCUCGCGGUGAUGCAGAGCUACGACCCGGAGAUCGGGCGGCUGCGCGCGGCGCUGGAGGAGCGGCGGCGCGCGCUGCGCGUGGCCGAGUCACUGCGCGCGCUCUCCGAGCCGCUCGCCUUUCUGCAGCGCAUGCAGGACUUCCGCGAGGCGCUGCGCGCGAUCGACGACAACGCGCCGCUGCUGCUGUCGGCGCGCGCGGACGCGGACUGGGACCCGGACGGCGCUCAGCCGCUCGUGCCCGCCUUCGACGUCGCCGAGUGGGACCGCGUGCGGCUCGGAGACCUGGACGCGCUGCGCGGACCGCACGAGGGCGGCGCGCUUCUCCGGAGCUCCUCCCCUCACCCCGCCUCGAACCCCACCGGCAGCUUCUCGCGCGCGCUGUGGAGACUCGCGCUGCUGCUGCUGCCGCUGCUGCUGCUGUGCGCGUGCGCAUGCGCUCCCGCGCUCAGCUUCUUGCCAACGGCGGACAGCCUUCUCGGUGACGUCAGCGCCUGCGGAGAGCUGGUGCGCUGGCUGAUAGCGCGCGCCACAGAGGCGGCCGAGCGCGGCGCGAGCCUGAUGACGGAGCUGCUGGACACGGCGGCGGACUUCAUCAGCUGAGCGAAAAAAACACGUCAUAAUUUAAUUUACCGAAGUGCACUGAAAAAUAUAAAACUGACCAAUCAGAAACGCUCUGAGAAUCUGUGCAUUUACAGUGACUCAUCAUUUACAUCAUCUAAUCUGGGGAAAAGUCCUGUUCUUACAGGCUGUAUAAUAUUAUAAUAUACACAUAAACACAGUGAGUGACGCGUGUAUAUAUAUACACUAGAACAGAAGGUUCUUUAGUAAAGACAUUGGUUCUGUAUAGACCAUUUCAUGCUUAAAGGGUUCUUCGCAUAGUGAAAACGUUCUUCAGACUGAUGGAGAAUGUGUUGUGUAUGACUCUAAACAUAAGGGCUUUGCUACUGUUACAAACUUGACAUCGUAGCAGAACCCUUUCUGGUGCUAAAUAGAACCAUUAUUAGAAAGGUUCUGUGUAGACCCAUAUGCAACACAUUCUCCAUCAAUCUGAAGAACCAUUUGCACCAUGCAAAGAACGAUUUAAGCAUGCAAAGCGUUCUUUGAGUGUUCAUGGUUAUACAUAAAACCAUCUUCUGUGCUAAAGAACCCUUGAAGAACCAUUUGCAUGGUUCGUCAGAUUAUGAUUGAAUGUAUUGUAUAUGGUUCUAUAUGGUACCAAAAGGGGUUCUUCAAGCUUGUAACAAUGGAUGCUAGAGAAAUAGAGAUAGAUACAGUAGAGAGAAAUGCUUCCAUAUAGAACUCAUGGUUCUAAAGAGAGCCAUUGACCUUGCUAAAGAACCUUCGAAGAACCAUAUUUUUUUAGGAGUUUAUAUAUAUAUAUAUAUAUAUAUAUAUACAUAUAUAUAUAAUGUUUAACA